AUGAGUGGAACAACGACAGCGCUUCAAACGGUGGGGGCGCGAGGGGAAGUUGUUCACGUCGUCGCCGCCGGUAACGCGAGAACGACGAUGCAGAGAAACAAGAUUAGUGCCGCUCGAAGUUUGCAAAGAGAGAAUCAUCGGUUUUUUUCUUCGAGGAAUACGACGACGACCACCACCACCACCACCACCACCGCGGCAAUGUCCACAGAGAGCACUCCGACAAGUGACGACGAGAAUAAUAACAGUAACAAUAAGGACAGAUUCUUCUUGAACUUUUUCGGGUUCCCAUUCCCUUUGGUUCCUUUCCUCUUUCGAGAAACAAAAGUUGAGAAGAUUUACGAAAACGUCUAUGCCUUUACGCAGCAACAAGGCAUUGGAUUCGGCCUGGGAGUAUCAACGAACGUACGGAUGACGGUGAUAAAAUUGAAGGACGGCACGCUGUGGGUGAAAGAUCCAAUCGCACCAACCGAGGAGUGCAUAGCUUUGAUGAAAGAGACAUUUGGAGAGGACUAUCGGGUCUCGAGCGUCGUGCUCGGAACGACGAUGUACGAGCAUAAGAUUUUUUUACCGUCGUUUGCUCGCGCUCAUAAGAACGCGAAAGUCUUCGUCGUACCCGGUCAGUUUUCGUUUCCCGUGCAGCUUCCGAACCCGUUGUUGGGGAUUUCGAACGCUACAGAAUUGUUGGACAGCUCGAAUCCGCCUCCCGAAUGGCUGGACGAAAUCCAAUAUGAAAUUUUAGGCACGUUCAAUCUGUUUUGGUCGCAAUAUCGGUAUUCCGAGGGGACCUUUUUCCACAAGAAGUCCAAAACGCUGCUCGUGACCGAUGCGGCGGUAUACGUGGACGGUGAGAAUCCACCAGACAUCAUACCGAAAGAAGAGUUGAGAGAUUUAGGAAGUGAGGAGUCGUUUACGAUCAAGCUUUUAAGAGGAUUAAAUUUUAAAGGAGGAAGAGAUGUCGAGAGAGCGAACGACGUCAGCGACGAGAUCAACGGAUGGAGACGCAUGACCCUCUUUUCUCUCUUCAUCGCCCCGGAUGCUAAGAAUAUUAUCAAUCCAGCGAAGAGCUUUAAUGCGAUGAAGAAUAAGUUUGUCGUCUCGCCUAUUGUAUACGUAAUUGUCUUUCAAUUCUUUAGAGAAGAAAUUCGCGAAUGGAAGAAAAACUGCCAGCGAAGAUUUAUUGGUGCAAAUAGGGUGGUAGCGUCGCAUUUUCCCGUAAGUAAGAAGGCGACCGCGAAGGACUUUUACUUAGCGUUUAAGUUUGCGGAUAGUGAUAGCGAAGUGCCGAGUUAUUACAGCGAUCCUCUAGAUCUAGGCAGCUUAGAACUCGUACAGAAAGUCUUGAAUUUCAUCAAGGUCUACGAUUAG